UUCGCAGGAGCAGACUCGACCUAGUCCAUGUGAGUGAGCUCCAGGUCACCGAUGAUGCCACCACUGACCCAGCCAUACCGUGCAGUUGAGCGUUGAACUCUACCGAGAGGCCUGCCUGCCGGCCAACAUCGAAUUAAUGAACUCGCACGACUCUGGUAUGUGCAGCCCCAGCUCUGUGUAUAUAGGAUGUUCAUAGUAAGACGAGAUAUUUUGAACUCUUAUAUUCAGUUCAAGGAUGAUAUUGCUGAAGAAUCGGAUGCGAGAAUCCAUGGGCGUGCUACUGCUACUCCUUGCUGCUUCCCUGCUGAACAAUGACCAACCCACCGCACAUGCCGUUUCCACCUCACCUCCAUCAGCGGCGGCGGAGAUAGCUGCCGAUGAGCAGGCUCUGCUCUCCUUCAGGGCCCUCAUUACCAAUGAUCCUCACGGGGUUCUUGCCUCAUGGAUCGCCGGCAAUGGGAGCACUGCUGGUGGCAACAUGACCACCGCCGGCGCUUGCAGCUGGAGAGGCGUGGGGUGCCACUCGAGCCGGCACCCUGGACGUGUCACCUCCCUGGAGCUGUCCUCCAACCUGUCCGGUACCGUCUCCCCCUUCCUCUCUAACCUGACAUUCCUCAGCACGCUCAACCUCUCCCACAAUUCCUUCUCUGGCAACAUCCCGGAGGAGCUCGGUUUCCUGCCUCGCCUCUUGUACCUGGACCUUCAGCACAACUCCUUGCAAGGCAUGAUCCCAGGUUCCCUUGCUCGUGCCUCCAAGCUCCGGAUAUUACAGCUGGAGUACAACAGCCUCGUGGGGAAGAUCCCGGCCAACCUGAGCAACCUGCAGGAUCUGGAGGUCUUGGAUGUCGGCUCAAACCAGCUGUCCGGUGAAAUUCCACCGUUGCUCGGUUCACUAUCGAAGCUCACAUACCUGGGGUUGUACCUGAACAAUUUAUCAGGAGGCGUUCCAGCAUCUCUUGGUAAUCUUUCAUCCCUUGUGGAUUUGUUUGCGGACACUAACAAACUCAGUGGCCAAAUACCAGACUCCUUGGGACGGUUGAUGAAGCUCAAGUCUCUUGAUUUAGCUUACAACCAGCUUAGUGGCUCAAUCCCAGCAAGCUUGUUUAACAUCUCAUCAGUUGCUACGUUUGAAUUGUCCGGCAACAAUGCCCUUUCAGGCGUUCUCCCUUUUGAUAUUGGUGUCACUCUGCAAAACCUCCAAAAUCUGAUCCUCAAUGACUGCCAGUUGAGUGGUCAAAUUCCCCGCUCCAUAGGAAAUGCGUCGCGGCUCAGGUAUAUACAGCUUGAUGACAAUGAGCUUGAAGGAACUGUGCCAUUGGAAGUAGGCAAUCUGAAGGAUCUUGAGGUGUUAACACUGGGAAACAAUCAACUGGAGGAUAAGUGGGGAAGUGAUUGGGAGCUGAUUGGGUCGCUCUCAAACUGUAGCAAGCUUUUUUCUCUGUCUCUUGAUUCUAACAGUUUCCAAGGCGUGUUCCCGCCUUCUAUCGUGAAUCUCUCCAACACGAUGCAAAAGCUUCAUCUAGCACACAACGAAUUCCGUGGAGCAAUUUCUUCAGACAUUUGGAAACUUUCAGAUCUCGAUACACUUAUUCUCAGAGGUAACUUCCUCAGUGGUAGCAUACCACCAAGAAUUGGGGAGCUUAACAACUUAGGAGCUUUAGACUUGUCCCAGAACAACAUUUCUGGGGAAAUUCCUCCUACACUGGGUAACCUAACAGGCCUUUCCAUGCUUUACCUCUUUCAAAACAACUUACAGGGAUCCAUACCCACAAGCUUAGGGAACUUGCAAAACAUUGCUAGUUUAGUCUUGUCAUUUAACCAGCUUAAAGGCACCAUACCGGUUGAAGUCAUCAGCCUCUCCUCUUUAACCAGUUAUCUUGGUCUUUCGUACAACUUUCUCUCUGGUCCAAUCCCAUCAGAGGUAGGCAAAUUGACGAACCUUGUAUUACUGGACCUGUCAGUAAAUAAACUGUCUGGAGAUAUUCCCCCGACACUAGGCAAGUGCGUCGAGCUAGUACAACUUCAACUGAAUGACAACCUUCUUCAAGGUGUCAUUCCACAGUCCUUGAGUAGAUUGCAAGGAAUACAAAAACUAAACUUUGCUGGCAACAACUUAUCUGGCUCCGUUUGGGGUUUUUUUAGUGAUUGGCCAAACCUGGCGUAUCUGAAUCUAUCGCACAAUAAUUUUGAAGGCCCUGUUCCAGUAAAAGGUGUCUUCAGUAAUGCAAGUGCAUUCUUCAUAGAUGGUAAUAAGGUCUGUGGGGGUAUUCCAAGUUUAAAUCUGCCUCAAUGCCCCGUGAAGGAAUCUGGUGUGGAGAAGAAGAGACCAAGGAGAGUGGUGCUUAUAGGUAUUGUUGCUGGUGCUUUUUCUCUGCUUCUCGUUAUUCUCAUAUCCGGUCUUCUCUUAUUCAUCAUGCGGCGGCGGCAAAGGGUCCCUAAUGUUCCGUUCAUGGAGGAUCAACAUUGGCAAGUCUCAUUUGAGGAGAUACAAAAAGCUACGGAUCAGUUCUCCCCUAGUAAUCUCAUAGGCACAGGAAGCUUUGGGUCAGUUUAUAGAGGAAUUCUGAGCCCAGGUGCACAGCAGGUUGCAAUCAAGGUCAUUGAUCUUCAGCAACAUGGAGCUGAGAACAGUUUCUUGGCUGAGUGCCGUGUCCUAAGAAGCAUUCGGCAUCGGAAUCUUGUCAAGGUCAUCACUGCAUGCUCGAGCAUCAACCACCAGGGGAACGAUUUCAAAGCAUUGGUCUAUGAGUUCAUGCCCAAUGGGGACCUUGACAAGUGGCUGCACCAGGGUCUUGCAACACAAGACAAUGUACCUAAAACCAAGAGGAGGCUGACCAUGUCUCAGAGAGUGAAUAUUGCGCUCGAGGUAGCUCAGGCUCUUGACUACCUGCACAACCAUGGUCAGGUGCCCAUUGUCCACUGUGAUCUGAAACCGAGCAAUGUUCUUCUCGACAAUGAAAUGGUUGCACAUGUGGCGGACUUUGGGCUGGCACGGUUCAUUCGCAAGACUGCGAGCAACUCAAUAGAAGAAAUCAGUACUUCAAUCGGAAUCAAGGGUACCAUUGGAUACAUCCCUCCAGAGUACGGAAUGGAUGGCAAUGUUUCCAUCCAAGGCGAUGUAUACAGCUACGGGGUUCUUCUGCUCGAGUUGUUCACCGGAAAGCGACCUACAGAUGGUUCGUUCCAGGGAGGCCAAACUCUCCAAAGCUAUGUUGCAUCAUGCUAUCCUGACAAUAUAAAGGCGAUAGUCGACCCAGCUCUACUGCCUUUGGACAACGGAUUUGUGGGCAAAGGGGACAAUUGUUGCGAUGAUAUUGAUGCUGAGAAGCUGCAAGAGUUCAUGGUGCCGAUCUUCCGAAUCGGUUUGCAAUGCUCCCAGGAAUCCUCCAGAGCAAGAAUGCAUAUCAGGAGUGCCAUCAGAGAACUUGAGGCAGUCCAGGAUGCAAUGCUGAACGACUGAGACUGACUGGAGUCUCCCGGCAACAGAAAAAUCAGAUUAUUGCAACAUGGUCAAUGCACGCUCGUGGAAAGCAAAAGGAAAUGGUCGAUUUCCUAACAAGAAAAAUGAAGCAAGUUUCAUGUAAGAACAAUUUCAGACUUGCUCGUGCGUUUGAUUGUGGCAUAUGAAAGUUUAAAUUAGGUUUCAGAAAAUUCUUGAAGUAAUAUUCAAUUUUUUGGGCUCAUUAUGAAAUCUAGACAGAAGUGAGUUAAUUAGACACCGGUACAACAACUUUACAAGUACAAG